AUGAAGGUCAAGACUAAGACUAUCCGCGGACAAAAGAAAGAUCAACUCGUCAAGCAACUCGACGAACAAAAGACCGAGCUCGCCUCGCUCCGCGUCUCCAAAGUCACCGGAGGAGCCGCCUCGAAGCUCAGCAAGAUCCACGUCGUUCGCAAGAACAUCGCCAGAAUCUUGACUGUCAUCAACCAAACCCAAAAGCAAGAACUCCGCAAGUUCUACGCUGAUCACAAGGUAAUUCGAUUUCUUGAUGUUUUGUUGGCAACAAAAAUUAUUUUGAUUAUUUUCAGUACAAGCCAAUCGACCUUCGUUACAAGAAGACCCGCGCCAUCCGCAGAAGACUCACCGCUCACGAGCAAUCAUUGAGAACUGCCAAGCAACAAGCCAAAUCCCGAAACUUCGGAAUCAGAAAGUUCGCUGUCAAGGCCUAA